AUGAUCCUACAUUACUUCAAUGCUUUUGCCAAUUUACGGUUAGUCCAGAAUGGUACUUUAGGUCUCUAUCUAAUCCAUCGCCAGAAAAAAAAUAAGAUUCGACAAGCUUUUUCAAGCUGUUGCUGCAAACGAGAAAAUUUUGAACAACAGAAAAAUAAAUUAUCAAUCCAUUAUAUAACAGAUAAUCUUUCACGUAUAAUGAUGUUAAUACUCUAUAUACUAAUUAACAUUAGUCUACUGAUUUACGUCACUAUUUAUCGAGUAACUACUACGAAAUCUCAUGGUCUUGUUGUAGUUGCCCGAAUAUGUGGAAUGCUACUGAAUUUUAAUUGUGCAUUUAUAAUUGUACUUAUGCUUAGGCAAACGAUAUUACUUAUUAGAAGCAAUAGAGCCCUACGAAAACUAAUACCUGUCGAUGAUCAUAUUGAUUUUCAUGGAGUUGUUGGUCGUGUUAUUAUAGCUUUAGUGUUUUCUACAUGCUAUUGCACACAUAGCAUAUAUUGCAGCGAUGACGAAUUAUUCCAUGGUGACAUAUCUAGUAAUGAAAUUUUCCUUUGGAAAUAUUCGAAUUUAGUAACAUUUGUUCUUUUGUUUUUUAAGUUUUUCAUGAAUCUUGGUAUUGGAUGGGUUAACGGUUUUGCACCAUUGAGUGGCAUUAUUUUACUUCUUAUUUUGGUUACAAUGGCUAUUUGUUCAAUGCAGUGGGUUCGAAGUGGCGGUCAUUUUGGAAUUUUCUAUUGGACACAUCUGCUUUAUCUACCUUUUUAUGUUUUUCUUAUUCUUCAUGCCAGAGAUUUUUGGAAAUGGAUAGUUGGUCCAUUAUCAAUUUUUUUACUUGAAAAACUGUAUUCAAUUUUUGCAAGAUAUACGAGUGGAAUCGGACGAACUUUUAUUCAUACGGUGACAAUUGAGCAAUCGAAUGUGAUCAGUUUAACUAUUCAUCGACCAAAGCAUUUUUCUUUUCAACCUGGUGAUUAUGUUAGCAUUAAUUUGCCACGUGUUGCUCUCUAUGAAUAUCAUCCAUUUACCAUAAGUAGUGCUCCGGAAGAAACUGAUCUUAUUCGUGUACAUAUUCAAGCAGUUGGUAAUUGGACGAAACGAGUUUAUAAACGUUUCGAUGAGAUGUCUGAUGAAGAAGCUCUUGAAAAUCAAGUUGGAAUUUCCCACGCUGAUAUUCAUCCACAAGAAUUCGCCGCUCAUGCUCAAAAUUUAGAACAAACUGAAAUAGAUGAAGUCGAAGUUGAGAGAAUAGAAAAUUUCCGAACAGAAUCAGAUGUCAGAGAAGGAAAACGAGAGCCUAUUUUUGUCAAAGGACCUUAUUCAUCGUGUGCUCGAUAUGUAUUUGAUUGUAAACAUGUUGUUUUAAUCGGAGGAGGUAUUGGUGUAACACCGUAUGCAUCGAUUUUAUCAAGUCUGAUGGCACAAUUUUGUGCAUCGUCUAUUAUUUGUAAACAUUGUAAUCGCACGAAUUAUCUCUCAACGGGUCUGAGCGGAAAACGUCGAUUACAAAAAGUUGAUUUCGUCUGGGUAAAUCGGGAUUACAAAAAUUUCGAAUGGUUCCUCAAUCUUCUUCGUCAAUUUGAACAAGAACAAGAAAAUUAUUUAGCAUUAAAUCCAAAUGAGAAACGUUUUCUUGAUCUACAUUUAUACUUUACUGGAAUAAAACAUGAGGACAAUAUUGUUGAUUUCGUCUGGGUAAAUCGGGAUUACAAAAAUUUCGAAUGGUUCCUCAAUCUUCUUCGUCAAUUUGAACAAGAACAAGAAAAUUAUUUAGCAUUAAAUCCAAAUGAGAAACGUUUUCUUGAUCUACAUUUAUACUUUACUGGAAUAAAACAUGAGGACAAUAUUGGUAAUGCACCGUUAGAGCUUGCAACAAGAGUUUUCGCACAAGUAGCUGGACAUGAUAUAUUUACCAGCUUAAAAUCGAAAACUAAUUUCGGUCGACCUUCAUGGGAAAAAAUAUUUAAUAGAUUUAUAUCAGGUGAAAAUGCUUCAACAUCCAGAGAUGUUAGUGUAUUUUUCUGUGGACCAUCUAGUAUGGGUGAAGCAAUUAAAAGAGAAUCUGCAAUAUGUCAUUUUCGAUACUUUGAAGAAAAAUUUUGA